GUCUUUUCUCACGCGCGGUAAGCAGUAUUACGACGAUUAUCCAACCUCCUUGAAGCUCUACACAAGUUCUCUCAGCCAAUCUCAGCUUCGCCGCCAUCGCCGCUGCAAUCUUCGUAUCAAUACAAAGUCAUCACAUAACCUUAUUAUUUUAUGAAUGCUUUCAAUUUUCAUAAACAUCGUUGAAAUGAAAACCUGGAUUUCAAUACCAAAAUAACGCGAAGGUUGAGAGAAGUGUAAUGUGAGAAACAGAUGCAUUGAUGGAAAUAAAAACAUAAAAAAUAAUAAAAUCCUAAAACGACAUCGAAAACGGUUACAAUGUCAAGUUCGCAAACAGGACAAAAUUUGUUGAGACCAACGGGCUUGAAGUGCAAAGAUUUGCACGAAUAUCUGAAAUCGCGACCACCCGAUGUCUUGAACCGACUUUAUCAUAAUCCGCCAAUAUGUUUAGCAGUUUUUCGAGAAUUGCCAGUUAUCGCGAGACAUUAUGUUAUGAGGUUACUUUUUGUGGAACAACCAGUCCCUCAGGCUGUAAUUGCAUCAUGGUGCUCGAAAUUACACGCAGAGGAACAUCAACACGUUGUUCAAGCUCUAAAUGAAUUAAGCGUUUGGAAAGAAGCCUCCAUACCAGGAGGCUUACCAGGCUGGAUAUUAAAUUCGACUUUUAAGAAAAACCUCAAAAUCGUUCUUCUUGGUGGUGGUAAACCUUGGACCAUGUCUAAUCAAUUGGAAAUCGAUAGUAAACCCAGAGACGUCGCUUUUUUGGAUUCUUAUGCCAUUGAAAGAUGGGAAUGCGUACUGCAUUACAUGGUCGGUUCACAGCAGCAAGAAGGAAUUUCGGCUGAUGCUGUAAGAAUAUUAUUACACGCCGGUCUCAUGAAACGCGACGAAGAAGAUGGAAGUCCAGUGAUAACUCAAGCUGGAUUCCAGUUUUUACUUUUGGAUACAGCGUCCCAAGUGUGGUAUUUUAUCCUACAAUAUUUGGAUACCAUAGAAGCUAGAGGUCUGGACUUGGUAGAAUGUCUCACUUUUCUUUUCCAAUUGAAUUUUUCUACUCUUGGCAAAGAUUACAGCACAGAAGGAAUGUCCGAAGGUCUUUUAACAUUCUUGCAACAUCUUAGAGAAUUUGGAUUAGUAUAUCAACGAAAACGAAAAGCAGGAAGGUUUUACCCAACGCGUUUGGCACUCAACAUUGCUACUGGACAGAACAAACCUUUGGCAAGAGACAUGGAAAAGGAAGGCUACAUCAUUGUCGAGACAAACUAUCGGGUUUAUGCAUACAGCAACUCAAAUCUUCAAGUUGCUCUGCUGGGACUUUUUUGUGAGAUGCUGUACCGAUUUCCGAAUUUGGUCGUUUCGAUACUAACAAGAGAUUCGGUGAGACAAGCUUUGAGGAGUGGAAUAACAGCAGCACAAAUAAUUGGUUAUUUGAAGCAACAUGCGCAUGGAAAGAUGGUUGAAGCAGGUCCACCGACUUUGCCACCAACCAUUGUUGAUCAGAUAAAAUUGUGGGAAAAUGAACGCAAUCGUUUAACCUUCAGUGAAGGUGUUCUCUACAGUGGCUUUAAUUCCCAGGCGGAUUUCGAAGUAUUACGAAAUCACGCUCUCACAUCUGGCGUUUUGAUUUUGCAGAAUGAUCGAAAACGAACGAUGGUCGUAACGAAAGCUGGUCACGACGAUGUAAAAAAGUUUUACAAACGUUAUUCAAAGGGUUCGAUGUAACGAGAAUCGUCUCAGAAAAUGAUUGUACAUAAAUAAACGUUAGUUUUCUUACUUUUCUCAUAUCCUCGAAA